UGGUGAUUUUGGUGCGAAAUUAAAUGUAAUGCAAAAUUAUUAGUCAUCACUUGAUUGCAUGCAUGAAUUUUAAUAUUUUUUAAAAAUAUUCUUCUUGCAUGAAGUUUUUCAAAAAGUUGGGAAAUGAUUGGUGCAUCAUUUGGGCCGUUGAAUUGAGCUGGAUUCCAGCAAUUUUUUUGCAUGGUGAUGCAAAUACAAUCCUUGUACUUUCAACUGAUGGCAUUGUAGAAAAGUUGCACGAGGAAAAAUCUAGCGGAAUAUUGAAUUCGAUUGCUUCUUUGCAGCGAGUCAUCGAAAGGUGCAUUUUCAUCAAUCCGCGUGGAACCUAUUUGAUGUUGCAAACCAAUUUAAAUGAACUUAUCAUAGUAGAAGCUGAGUCUGGCAUCGAGAUUUCCAAAUAUUCCAUAAACGGUGUUAACGGUAUCGAAUCACAUGAAACGAGUUCAAUGGUUGGCGUUUCCACUUCAUCGGGCAUGAUAUUGAUAUUGGAGAUUGACGAACAAGGUGAAGCUGACAUCAUAGCGAAAUACAGAUUAACCUCAUCGAAAUUGGUGUUUAUAAAGUUUAUGCCGAAUUCGACGACAUUUAUCUGCAUUGACGAGGAAAAUGGCUUUUUCUUAGUAAAAAGAGAGUCAAACAAUGAUGAUGACAUCAAAAAAUUCUUCAUACUCAGCCGUAACUAUUUGGAUUACUCCGUUGUGAAAUCGAAUGGAAACCUAUACGCAUUGAUGUUGUACAUUAAAUGUGGUCUGACUUCGAUUGAAUCGGCGAUUAGCCUUUGCGAUCUAGUUGCCAUCGAUGAACAUUCAAACUACGCACACCAAUUGCAAACAAUUCAAUUGAACCAUUUAUAUUCUGCAAUACAAUUUCAGUAUUAUGAUUCCAACAAGUUUGUAUUGGGCGCGCGAAUGACGUGCAUCGAUUUACUUCAAUGCAUUUGCGGUGAAAGUGGCAAAAUUGAAGUGAAUAUCGCACAAACAAUUACCACCGAUCACUUGUUUGGCGCGAUAAAAUUCACCGUGAAUGCCUCGUCUAUUUUGACCUACGGAUGUGAUGGUCAAAUUUUGCUAUGGGAUAAAAACUCCAUGCGAAUGGUGAAAUCAGUGUUCGCGCAUGAUAAAUGCUCAAAAGGUGUGAAGGAUGCCGUUUUUGAUCCAUUGCAAAGACAUUUGAUAUCGCUUGGCUGGAGCGAGAAUUUGAUAUGCUUCAAAAAUAUUUCAACAUCUUUCGACUAUUCUUGGAUAAAUGCUCCGUUUCACUCAGAGUCAAACAAAUUGGAAGUAAUCAAUAUUGACGAAACUUUGGUGACACCAAUCGAUUCGUGGAAAAGUAUUGAAUUGGCGCGGCAAACCAGAGAGGAGUGUGCGGCCUAUGAAACCGAAUUGGAAAACAUAAAACAAGACUUAGAUCGAAUAAAGCGAACCAUUGUCCAUUACAUGGAUAUCAAUGAACGCCAACCAAACGAUGAGCAAUUUCCAAUUCAAUUGUUCAAUCUCAAUGCGACCGAAGCCGAUAUCAAAAGCGGUGCACUGAAAGAGCAAAUAGAAGCGGAACGGGAGGCUUUGGAGAUGGAAUUUUCCGAUGAAAAAGCACGCAUCGAAAAUAUUAAGCAAAUAAUGUGGGAUUGUUUCGAUACCAAACCGCAGAAGCUACAAGGAAUCUUUAGCGAUAUUUUCAUACAAAAUUUCCCGCUCACCGAUUUAGAUGAAAAAUUGGGUGACGAAACGCUUUUAAAUAAAAUACUUGAAGACCAAGAGUUAUUCCAUCAAGUGUGUGAGUUGAAACCAUGGAUUCAUCCGAAUAUCCACGAAGACAUUAAAUGGCCUAUUGAAACGCAAACAACCAAAACGACCGAUCGCUUCAGUUUGUUGGCAGCGAGAAUAAUUGAUCAACAACUGACGUCAAAGGUAAAUUUGGACUAUAACUUCUUUAGCACAUUUCCAACGGAGCAGGAAAACGUUGACAUUCACGAUGAACCAGUGGUGAAUGCAUAUAACGUCAAAAUUUAUCAUAACAUUGUUCGGCUAAAAAAACUGUUCAAUGACAUGUAUGUGAAAAUGUCAAAAAUCAAAGAGAAUGAAAUGGAAUUGAUGGCUCAACGCAAUGAACGGUUGAGCCAAAUUCAUCGAGAUAUUAACCUAAUGCAGCGCCUUAAUGGUGAUGAAAUUACACAGUUUGAUCCAAUUGUAAAAUGUGACUAUUUCAAAGAUGAGAGCACACAUUCGACAAUGAUGGCCAUUUCGAGCUACAACAUUGAAUCACAAUUUGAUGAUAGUAUGGAUGAUGACUCCAAUAGAUCGCAGAAAAUGUAUCGAAAUGAAUCGUUUUACAAGCGAGCUUUGGACGAGAUGAUGGAUGGUGUUCUGCAAGUAUGCUGGGAAGAUGAAUUGAAAAAAGACCCACCAAAGCCGGUGUGUGUGUUGGAACAUAUUCCUGAAUGUGACCUUAGCGAAGCGGAUAAGAUGCAAAUUGACAAAUACCAUGAAAAAAUGGCCAAACUACGUACCGAUCGUCAAGAGUAUAUCGGGAAGUUAUUCGAUGAAAAGACCGCCUUAGAAACGUCAAUCGAUUUGAUGGUGACAAAAUUGAAUCGAUGCGUGGAAAAUAUAAUCAAGACCAAAGUCAAGGCACAAUUUGCCAUCUCGUCCGAACAAUUGAAAAUUUUGACUUGCGUCCGCGAUCACUUGCAUUUCAAGGGUUUGGGCGAAAAGGAGAAAACUGUGAUUUCCGACCGAGAACAUCUGAAAUCAGAAUUGAACAACCUAAUGAGAACGCAACAAUUACUCGACCAAAAUGUGAUUGCGACAAAAGCCAGUUUCGACGAAUUGACGGCCAAAGAUCAAUCAUUAGAUAAACAAUUUCGCACCUUUUUCAUGGAAAUCGUUUCACCCGCUGUUAUUGAUCAAGCCUAUCGCAUUUUUAAACGACGUCCAAAAGGUCGUUUAACCGUAUGCCAAUCGGCGACAAUUCUGGCGGCCAUGGUCAAACGUGUGAAUGCUGUCAAUCAAAAAGAUCAAGAUGAAACCAUUUUGCCUGAUGAAUGCAUACAGUAUUUGCAAUCACUUGAUGCGGCCGAUAAAUUCAGCAAUGCACCGAAUUCCAUCGAUCAAACGGCAUGGAACCAUCUGUGUCGAAUGCGAAAAUGCAAAAUUGAGACCGAAUUUAAGCUGCGAUAUGCUGCUGUGAUUUUGGCUGAAGCCGAAUCAACGUUUGCAAGUCAUAAUAAAAUUCUUGGAACGAAAAGAUCGCUUCUUACUCAAUUAGAUAACAAAUUGUAUGAACUGAGAGAAGCCAAGGAAAUUUGUCUUUCCAACCGAAAAAAUCAAAUUAUAUUCAAGCUUGGAAACAUUCAAAUUCCGUUAACUGGUGAAAUGGACAAUUUCGAUGGAACUUGUUUGUUGAGCAAAAGCGAGCUGGCUCUAACCAAUUCAAUGAUACAGGAAGCUGCAUUGAAAAAGCUAAAAAUUAAGCAACAAGUUGAUUUGUGCCGUCGCCGCGUGGCAUACUACGAAUGGAAACAGUCGAUGCUACAAAUGACAAUGGAAGAUUUUAAAAUAUUUUUAAAACGAAUUGAAAAGUGCAACAUCACGAAAGAUGUAAAACUAUGGCUACACGACAAACUGGAGGCCAAAGCAAAGAAGAAUAAGAAAAAGGUUCAGAAAUCGUCGUAUGGUGAUCAUGAAAGUGUUAUGCCAAACACAAAGAGUGCACUAAUGAGGCGAAUCGAACAAAUGGAAUCAAUAAUAUCAAGGCAGCGUGAACAAAACAACGCUCUCGACUGUCAAAUUGCGUCUUUGAAAGUCAACAUCGACGAAAGAAAUUUUACCAAGGAUUACUUGGUCAGCGAAAAAGAUAUAACUAUGCGAAAUGAACGAAUGUUGUUGAUAUUGAAGCGAUCGCAAUUAAUCAGAAAGAUACAAGAACAGCACGCUGAAUUGUUGGAGCUCAGUGCAACAUUGGAACUACAAAAACUACGAACGUAUCCAACGCUCAACGUACCAAUCUAUCAGCAGCUAGAUCAAAAUUAGUUUCCACUUUCGAAAUUAAUUCCACGCUUUCGGUUACAUAAUUAUAUUUAAUUAUCAUUUAGA